AUGCUCUCCGGUGUGUAUGGUCCGCAAGCCGAAGGGGCACGCCAAAUGUUAGCGACUUUGGGAUACGAUAAUCCCUCAUCCGAGGACAUCGCACUCACGCUACAGCAAAUGGGUGAGGCUCGGGCUCUUAGAACGCAACAUGUCUCAACACAGCGGGGCACUCCCGAUCAAACUGGCGUCUCACCCCCGCGCGGGGCAUACGACACCACGAUGAGCCCGCGGAACAGCGGUCAAUCACCGGUAGGACGUGGUGGUGUACUGAAGGGCACCACCGCAACACCAGAUGAUGUGCGGCACGUGCGGGCAAAACCGCCACCGGUGGAUUUCCGCGACUGCUUCGAUUAUCGCAUGCACGAACGAGCACCUGGGCGAGUGUCCGUGGGAGGUAUCCUGAAACGUGGCGGUGGUGAGAGGUCUAACAGGCGGUACGUUGACCCCGUCGACGGGCCGAUUGCCGGUACCGUAGGGAAGGACCCAUGGGGUCGUCUUCGCUUUGUGUCGACGGGAGAUCGUAUAACUCCUGAAGACCGCAUAGAGCAGCACCUCCGACAACACGAAAAGGGACUCAGCGCCCCACUCGGGGGGAGACGCACCAGUGAAACUAGGGAAUACCCCGCUAGAAAGGGGAGGAGGAACAACGUCAGUAGGGGGCAAGACGAAGAGGACGAGUAUUCUGACUACGUAGAUGACUACUAUGAUGACGAGGGUUUCGGAGGAAAUCUGGAGAUGUUCUACGGUGGCCGUCCGCCCACUGCAGUAACACCCUCCAUGACACUACGGCUCGGUAACAAGUUUGCACUUGAUCAACGAAGCGCAAACACGAUGUACAACUUUACUGGCGAUAGUCGGUACAAGUACCGUAGUGGGCCCGGGGCACCUUUGUCCACUGUGUUGGGACCAAAUGGGUCAACACUACGGAACCGUGCGGAUCCGGUGCGACGGGGGCAGGAAAUGCGUGAAUUGUGGAAAAAGGAUAGCUUCCUCGCCCAGCAUGGCAGGAAAGAGGAUCGCUGGAGGGUAAGGCAGACCAUGCUAAGCCGCAGCCUCCAAUGA